AUGGCUGCCUUUCCUCCUCCUCCUGUCAACACAAUUGACUGGUCCAACGUGGGCUUCAAGGUCCGCGAAGUCAAUGGCCAUGUCGAAUCUACGUACUCUAAAAGCACUGGCAAAUGGACACCUCUACGCUUCGUCGCUGAUCCCUUUAUGCGCAUCCAUGGCAUGGCUCCCGCGUUAAACUAUGGUCAACAAGCCUACGAAGGUCUCAAGGCAUUCCGUACCCCCAACGACGAAGCAAUUACUGUUUUUCGCCCUGACCGCAACGCAAAGCGUCUCCAGCACUCUGCAGAAGUCGUGUCCAUGCCUCCCGUCCCUGAAGAUUUGUUUCUUUCCGCCGUUCGUGCUGCCGUCGCUCUCAACGCAGAGUACGUACCACCCCACGACACAGGUGCCGCUCUGUACAUUCGUCCUCAGCUCUACGGAUCCAGCGCACAGCUUGGUCUUUCGCCGCCAGACGAGUACAUCUUUGCGGUGUUUGUCAUCCCUACUGGUGUCUACCACGGCGCGCACCCCGUCAAGGCGCUGAUUCUGGAGGACUUUGACCGCGCGGCGCCGCAUGGAACUGGUAAUGCAAAGGUUGGUGGAAACUACGCUCCUGUGCUGCGCUGGAGCGACAAGGCGCGUGACGAGGGAUACGGUAUCACGCUGCACCUCGACAGUGUGCGCCACGAGGAGAUUGACGAGUUUAGCACCAGUGGGUUCAUUGGUGUCAAGGUGAAUGGGGAUGAUGUGACGCUUUCUGUCCCUGAUAGCAAGAAUGUCAUCGACAGCGUCACCAGCGACAGUAUCCAAGAGCUUGGACGCAGCUAUGGGUGGAAGGUAGAGAAGCGCGCCAUCAAGUAUGGUGAACUCAAGGAGUUUAGCGAGGUCUUUGCUGCUGGUACAGCUGCGGCGCUUGUUCCUAUUCAAUCCAUCACGCGUCGUGUCGAUGGCAAGGAUGAGAUUGCGACGUAUAUCAAGGAGGGGUCUGAGGAGCCUGGACCUUUGUUCGAGAAGCUUCUCAAGCACUUGAAGGAUAUUCAACUUGGACGGGCUGAGGAUUCUUUCAGCUGGAGAUUCCCUGUUGGGGUCAAGGAUAAGGAGAUUCAGGGUGCUUCUACUGGAGGGAAUGGGGAUGCUACCACUGUUGAUCAGAUGGACUAA